CUAUUGGAACAGUACGGAAGGAUGGAAAUAGAAAAUGCAAAAUGCUACAAUGAACUUGUAAUCGAACAAACAUUCUCUAGAGGAGAAAAAAAAUCAUAAAUUUCAAUGAAAGUGCACCAAGAGUGGAAAAUAGUAAGAUGGUCCACUCUUUCCAAAAGACUGUUCGGAAAGAGGACGAGAGCAACAAGAACGUGGAUCCAUCCGCCACUAGUGGUAGCCAAAUCUCUUGUUCUGCCACGCCAAGAGAUAAAGGAUUGGUUGAAUCAACCACGGCAUGAACUGGCAACAAACAGCAGCCCGCCCUCGCAUCACGGCGGUCCGUCGUGGGUCUUGGCCCACGAGGCGAUCCUUCCCGUCCCGGCGCAGGCCUUGCAGCCCACCAGCCCGUCCUCGCAGAGGAUGCAGGCGCGAAUCUCGUCCCCGAAGAAAACGGUCCCCCUGCCGCUGCAAAAGGGGCAGACGACCCUCCCGGUGCCCGCGCACUCGGCGCACGCGUCGGUGCAGGUGUCCUCGUCGACGGCGCAGUCGUCGAUCUGCCAGUUCAUUUCCAUGUGCAGCCGGGAUUUUUCGAUCGACCGCUCCGAUCGGCGGACGUAGGCCUCCCGUGGUUCCAGCUCGCCGAGCUCCUCGCCAGGAUCCCGAUAGUCGGCGUCAGGAGUGCGCGCCUCGCUGGGCGCUUCGUUUUCGUCGUCGUCGUCUGCGAACCCGGGCAUUUUGCUCCAAUCGAUAUCGCACUCCUCCUCGUCCGGACACUCCGGAUCGUCCGAAUCGGUGACCGACGAGGACUCGGCGGGCUCGUUUUGUUGUUGUUGUUGUUGCUGUUGCUGUUGCUGUUCGUCGUCGUCGUCGUCCGCGAACCCUGGCAUUUUGCUCCAGUCGAUCUCGCACUCCUCUUCAUCGGGGCACUCUUCGUCGCCGGGAUCCGCGGUCGUUUCGAUCGCGGCCCCUGCGGCAACGCCCGCGUCCUGGUGGUUCUCGCUGUCGCCGUCGCUGUCGUCGAAUCCCGGCAUCGAGUCCCAGUCGAUCUCGCAUUCCUCUUCGUUCGGGCACUCGAGCUCGUCCUCGAAAAAAAUGCCGGGGCGGUCGGACCCGGCGAGGGCGACCGAUCCGGGAUUCCUUCCCCCGGCCGGGAGAAUCGUCGGUGGAAGGACCCACGACGAGACCACCCGGCACGAGACGAGCAGUGCGCCAAAGGCGGUGGCGAUGGACGCGUGGGGACUUGCAACAGACAACAGCAUCGUGUCGUGAUUUGGUGGUGAUCGUUUGUUUCUCCGAAUCGAAGGCCAGCAACGAUGGAUUGCCUUGCAUUCAAACAGGAAUCAAUGGCCGUAAGAUUU